CCCGAAUAACCCCAGUGCAGGUCUCGCUCUAGAUAUACAACUUGUCCAGAUGGGUUUCUUCAGCUCAGUUCAUAUGACAACGACGGUUGUUGUCAACAAGAAAAGGUGAAAUGUAAAACAACCAAAUGCUAUGAACGGGAGAAAUCGACUUUAUUUAUAUCAUCAACAAAACAAAGUAAUUCUUUAGAUUUUUUUUUUUUAGCUUUCAACUAUAUGUUUAGUUAUGGAGAGUAACGUUGUACGUUGAACCGCAGAUGAAUGUAUAUUUUGUUUACACAUCCAAAAGUGUUUUUGGAUCUGUUGUUAGCUAGUAGGCUAACUAGCUAGCCGGCGAUGUAUUUGUGAUUUGGCUGGCUAGCUAGCUGAAUUUUCUUUCUUCUCAAAGUUGUUUUAUGGAGAUAGUUAGCUUGUGUGUUACACAAAUAGUAGUUAGUUUGUCAUUGUCGUGAUUGUAGGUUAGCUAACUAACCAGUUGCGUCUACAUUGUUAGCUAGCUAGCUAGUUAGCCUCGACGUUUACAGGAUGAGUAACGUUAGCAGUCAAAAACGCCAGCAUUUUAAAGGAGCCGAAGUGAGCUGCGGUGUCAAAUACUUCUUGUUUGGAUUUAACAUCAUAUUUUGGUUACUGGGAGCAGCCUUCCUGGGCAUAGGACUGUGGGCAUGGGCCGAGAAGGGGGUGCUGUCCAACAUGGCCUCCAUAACAGACCUGGGAGGCUUCGACCCCGUGUGGCUGUUCAUCGUAGUGGGAGGAGUCAUGUUCAUCCUGGGAUUCGCUGGUUGCAUCGGAGCGCUACGGGAAAACACCUUGCUGCUCAAAUUUUUCUCAGUGUUCCUGGGUCUGAUCUUCUUCUUGGAGCUGACAGCAGGCAUCCUGGCCUUUGUGUUCAAAGACUGGAUCAAAGACCAGCUCAACUUCUUCAUCAACAACAACGUCAAGGCUUACCGCGACGACAUCGACCUGCAGAACCUCAUAGACUUCACACAGGAAUAUUGGUCGUGCUGUGGAGCCCACGGUCCUAAUGACUGGAACCUGAAUAUCUACUUCAACUGCACUGAGUUUAACCCCAGUAGAGAGCGCUGUGGAGUCCCGUUCUCCUGCUGCGUCAAAGACCCUGCCGAAGACGUCCUUAACACACAGUGUGGCUACGACGUGAGACUUCAAGGGGAGUUGGACCAGCAGAAGUACAUCCACACCAAGGGUUGUGUGGGCCAGUUUGAGAGGUGGCUUCAGGACAACCUGAUCAUUGUAGCUGGGAUCUUUGUGGGCAUUGCACUUUUACAGAUAUUUGGGAUCUGCCUGGCUCAGAACCUGGUGAGUGACGUCAAGGCCGUGAAGGCCAACUGGUGACGCCAGGAUCCUGAGGGGGAGGGAGUACUCUGACCUUUGACCCCCAACAUCCAGCUCACCUCCCACUGACCGCUAAGAGGUGAAAACACAAAGAGCUGUUUACCUCUGGACCUGCCAGGCUAGGAGGGGAAAACACAAAGAGCUGUUUACCUCUGGACCUGCCAGGCUGAGAGGUGAAAACACAAAGAGCUGUUUACCUCUGGACCUGCCAGGCUGAGAGGUGAAAACACAAAGAGCUGUUUACCCCUGGACCUGCCAGGCUGAGAGGUGAAAACACAAAGAGCUGUUUACCUCUGGACCUGCCAGGCUGAGAGGUGAAAACACAAAGAGCUGUUUACCUCUGGACCUGCCAGGCUGAGAGGUGAAAACACAAAGAGCUGUUUACCUCUGGACCUGCCAGGCUGAGAGGUGAAAACACAAAGAGCUGUUUACCCCUGGACCUGCCAGGCUGAGAGGUGAAAACACAAAGAGCUGUUUACCUCUGGACCUGCCAGGCUGAGAGGUGAAAACACAAAGAGCUGUUUACCUCUGGACCUGCCAGGCUGAGAGGUGAAAACACAAAGAGCUGUUUACCUCUGGACCUGCCAGGCUGAGAGGUGAAAACACAAAGAGCUGUUUACCUCUGGACCUGCCAGGCUGAGAGGUGAAAACACAAAGAGCUGUUUACCUCUGGACCUGCCAGGCUGAGAGGUGAAAACACAAAGAGCUGUUUACCCCUGGACCUGCCAGGCUGAGAGGUGAAAACACAAAGAGCUGUUUACCUCUGGACCUGCCAGGCUGAGAGGUGAAAACACAAAGAGCUGUUUACCUCUGGACUUGCCAGGCUAAGAGGUGAAAACACAAAGAGAUGUUUACCUCUGGACCUGCCCGUCCGUCUAUUUUACCUGGUGUCACUUUCAACCCUACUUCCACUAGGAUUUCAAAACAGCCCUUCAGAAAGGCCCAGGGCUGCUUGUUGGAUACCUCCUAUCCCACUUGUGAAGCCUUUCUGACUCCUGUACAGUAUAGAGUGGGCUGCUGACUGACCUACCGGCUGGCUGACAGGAUGGCAUUUUUUCCCGUUAUCCUAUGACCACUGAAAGACAUUAAGCUCUCUUCAUGUUAGGGUAAAAUCCAGAAAAGUCACAAGAUGGCAAGUCUGGAGUUAGCAAGGCCUUGCUACGGAUGCAUGUCUUUAACCAGCUGUUUGUUGAACAGCAUGUUUUAACAUAAACAUUUUUUUAUUUUCUUUUGUCUGUCGAUGUUUUGAGUUUAAUCAAACAGACAGACAUAUACGGAGAGGAUUUUUCUCUCCUGGCAUCCCUGAAGCACAUGGGGAUAGUAGGCUUUUACUUGAUCUAACCUUUAACCUUAUACUAACGUUAAAUCUACGUUAUACUGACGUCGAGGCGAUGUUUGUACGUGUUUAUUCUGUCUCUCUUCUGGACUCCCACCACUACCUUUUUGGAAGCUUGAAUUACCUGACACCCUAGUUGUUAUUCUGAUCUGUCUGAUUUGUCUGGUCUGUCUGGAUUUUUACUUUUCUCCUCUCUUAGUUUUUUGGUGUGUUGGUGUGUUUGUUGUCUAUCUGUCUUAGUUGGACUGUUUUUUUUAACUAGUUUGUAUAGAAUAACAAAUACUUGUUUAAUAUCUUCAUGUAUAAAUAGUAACACAUUUUCACAAUAUAACAUGAAGGCUGCUUCAUCAUUGUAUCUUAGAGGAUUGAUAUGAGUAAGUAGACUUUCUGGUACAUUUCCCAUGUUUCCCAGAAAUCCUGGUUUUAAGGAUUCCGUAUUUCCUGUUUAUUCCUUCCUGAUUUCUAGGAACUCUUCCGCAACCAGGAUUUCUGGGAAUUUGGGUUUUUCAAAUCUAUUAGUAUGUUAUUUGUAACCAGGUCUAAAGCUUCCAUGGUGAAAUGAAAUCCAUAUUAUUAUUCUGAUCUUGUGCCAUAUUCAUGUUUUUUAAUUUUUUUACUUGCGUUAUUUCCUUGUCAAUACAGAGUUUACACUUUCAGCAUACCAGUACAUUUUAAUUAUCAGAUUUGUAGCAGUAUAUGGUUUGAAUUGAAUUGUAUUUAUUGGGAUUUGGGGAUUUUAAAUUAUGUCUGGCAUGAAUAUAUUCCCUGCAGCUUCUGUCUGGCCGCUCUCCAAAAUGUCAGCUAUUGUACACAGUUAUUGCUCCACUCGUUAAGGUCCCUUAGAUAUACCUUACCACUGUCUCGCUCUUCCUGUGGUGUGUACAAGGCCUAUGUGUAGGAGCUGUAGUGUUACUCCUCUUGGGGGAAUCCUUCCUGGUUGGGCUGCUGUUGUAGUAACAGGCUUGGUUCUUAGCUGUAUUACCAUGUACUACCCUGUGUGUCAGAGCUCUUUAAUGCUGUUGUUCAGCAGCAUGGGCUUUACUACCCUGUGUGUCAGAGCUCUUUAACGCUGUAGUUCAGCAGCAUGGGCUCUGGGUGUUUGCGACGACCGCUUUACUGUCGUUCGUCAAGUAGCCUUGAACAAUGGUUUGCCUGAAUAGGAGAGAAACCAGUUAGUGUGUCAGGCUAGGUUUUUAUGCAAAAAAAAAAAAAAAGAUUAUUCUGACAUUAGAAUUAGAUGUUUGUUUUAAAGGUCUAAUUCAGCUAUUGUCAAAUAAGUUCAGGGUAUAAAUGAAAUACCUUACUGUGAUUUUGUUUUUCAUUAAAAUUGUUUAAAUUUUUUUUUUUUUUUUUAAAUAUAUUUUUUUUAAAUGCUUCUUAGUAAAGAGCAAUUUCUCAAGCAAGAAUUUUGCUAGGACUGUCUGAGUGGGGAGAGGAAAACCGAAAACUAGCUGUUAUUGGCAGAGAGGUUCGGAACUCUUUCUUGGUCACCAGGCAGGCCAAAAUGCCAACCCACCAAAACAGGCUAUUUUACUACGCUGGGCCUUUCAUUUCAUUUAAAUUAUGCUUUAGUUUAAAAAAAAAAAAAAAAAAAUGUGUGGGGGGGGUUACCAGCCAUAGGUUGUUGAAUUUGUUUUGUUUUGUUUUGUCCUUUUGAUCGUGAUGGCCUUACAACAUGAUACCUUGUGAUGUUUCAUAUUUUCUCCUAGGUUUGUGUCCCAAAAUCAUACUAUUCAAUAUUACAGUUUGCCUGACCACUCCUCCUUAAUUGAAUUCCGCUGCUCUAUUGAUCGCUCCACACAACAGUGUGAACUUGCACGAGUCGUUUGUACUGAUGUCAAAAAUUCAGUGAUUUAUUAUUCGUGUAGGCCAACUCUGGUCCAACCCAUCGGUUUCUUGGUCCAAUCAGAAUGGUUUGAAUGUGUUUGCAUUUAAUAAGUCAGAGGAGGAGGAGAAUCCAGACUCUUGGUGGAGAAGAAACCUUAGUGGGCCUUGGCAUCUGUCUGGAGCCAUGUGGAGCCUCUAGUCAAAAGUAGUGCACUAUAUAGGGAAUAGGGUGCUAUUUCGGGCACACCCUUCCCUCCCUAAGAUAGAUGGCAUCAUUCCAGAGCCUCCUGCAUAAUCAUGAAUGUAUACCUAUGGAUGAAUCUCAAUUGUAUUUCCUUGAUUCCUUCCAUAUGCUCUCCUUGCCUCCUUCUCCAGUCAAAACACAUUGAAGGAGGAGUUCCAAAGGGAAGAUUGAGAUUCACCCUGUCUGUUACCAUCUGUUACUUAGACCUGUUCCAAUGCAUUUCACCCUAACAUGUCAUCACUACCCUUUAGCAGUGCAAUGAACACAAAUCUGAUGUGAAAAUAAGAAAUGUGAAAAAAAUAAACCUAAGAUCUGUUAUGUUACAUCAUUACAAACUUUAGCAUUAUUUUGUAUUUUGUACAUGAAAUCAAAUAGUUUCAUUCCAUUUUCAGGUGCUUGGUUUUCUUCCUUUUACUUCCUGUUCCUGUUUUACUUCCAGUGUACUUCCUUUGUUACUUCCUGUGUAUGUGCAUUGUCAUCUCAGGAAAAAAAGGAAUCUGCAAAAUAUAUAUAUAUAUAUAUAUAUUUUUUACCUUGCCACAUUGCUUCGUGAAUGAUUUGCUAGAUUUCAAAGCACGUCUGUACCUAGGUGGGGCUGUACUAUAGGUCUACCCGAGUUCCUGCUGUAAGCUACAAUCCUCUCAUUGAUAAUACUGAUCUAUUAUAGAGAGACAACAUUGUCUCUGUGUUUUAGGUUCACAUCAUACAUGUGCAUUUAUACUGGUGUCGGGUGUUUCACAGAACAUGACUGAAGUAUUUCUCUGUUUUAUAAAAUGAAAAGUAUGUCUGUGGUUGCUUACUGUUAUUAUCUAACCUGUUCGGUGGGGGUUUAAAAAAAUAAAAAACGGUUCUUUGUAUUUUA